AUGGAGUCUGAAAUGAUAGCACUAGCUACUGCUGGUAAAGAACCAAGUUCGUUGAGAUGCUUGCUAGCAGAGAUCCCUUUGUGGGAAAAACCUCUGUCAGCUGUGUUGAUCCACUGUGAUAGUACCGCAACUAUUGCAAAAAUUGAUAAUCGUUAUUACAAAGCGUUCACCCUCUCCACCACCUCGCCCAACACCACCACACACCUCUUCUGCCUCUCCCUCCUCUACAACGUUAUUCCUUUGUCUACUUUUCUUCCACCAUUAUACACUCGCCCUACACCAAACUUCGCUCAAGUGCCUCCUCAUCUACGCAUUAGAAUCACUCCUCCACGAUGCUCCAUGCGAGUCCAAUUUGGAAUUGGUACUUCGAAAUCAAAGAACCCUAAACCGCAUUAUUUCAUCAUUUCAGACUCUAAGAGUGAUGACUCUUCUGAUUCGUGCCCCCCAGUAGCAAAAUCACCAACACAACCUGAACCACCAAUAAAAACGAAGCCCACAGCAACCACACCACCACCACAACAUCCAUCAACAACCACUAAAACUUCGACACCCUCAAAAUCCGCCUUCUCCUCUAAACCAUCGCACUCAACUCCUCCCCAUCAAAAACGGAGAUCGAUAAAUGACACCGUUUCCCCUCCUACAAAUCAAAAAGAACCCCUCUCUCAACCAAAACCACAAACUAAAAACAUGAAAACAAAAAUCACAAUGACCAUUGCUCAAUUUCUUGCUCGGAAAAUUCUCCCAAAUCCUCAGAGAAGGAAAACGCUUGCCCCCAAACAAAACCUAAAAAAGAAUGGAAAUGCUGUUCAGCACCAUACUGAUGUUCUUGGCUGGACAUCAUUCUUAAGGAUCUCUGAAUCUUAUUUCCCAGAUGUUGUCCGCGCAUUCUACUACAAUGCCAAAACAUUUGCGGACAAAUCUCUAAUUAUCUCAACAAUUAAGGGAGUGGAAAUCAAAUUGACUCCAGAUAUUUUGGCCACCAUUCUUCAGCUACCAACAAAAGGGCCAUCUGUUUUUGGUGACCACUGGUAUUCGGUUUUGGGUCUUAGAAAGACAGAAGUUUUGGCUAAUUUGUUUGAAGAAAACUCCACACGUCAUUUGGCCACCUAUCUUAAGCCUCUUCCCAAGGUAUUCAAUAACAUGUGCCAACAUACCUUGAUUCCACACUGUGGAAGCCAUGAGUAUGUAUCUGAUAAUGAUGCCUUGCUCAUUCAUCAUCUUCUAAAUUGCAAGAGAUUGAAUCUAACCUAUGUCAUUCUCCAGCACAUGAUUUGUGCAGCCAACAAAGAUUACAAAAAGAACACUGUGCCUUAUGGCAUGGUCCUGACUAUAAUCUUCAGCCAUUUUGGAGUAUCUCUUGCCUCUGAAAAAUCUCUGAUAAAAAUUUCCAAAUUCUCCACCAAGAAUCUGUCUCAUAUGCGUAAAACCUCUUCUGCUCCAACACCCACUCCUCCAUCAUCAGGAAGACGACCUCCCACAAAUCCUAUUUCAUUCUCAUCACCUCCUACUGAUCCUAAGGAAAUCUCAGAAAAAAUCCCUACACCAGAACAGUCUCCACCUACACCAGAACAGUCUCCACCACCACCAGAACCUUCUCCACCACCUCCAGAACCUUCUCCAUAA